AUGUGCGUCCGUACGUUGAUGCUUAUCGCAUUCCUUGGUGGCAACGCCUUGGCAACCAACGAGGCUGGCACGAAGUUCCUCGAAGAGAAGGCCAAGGAGGAGGGCGUCAUCAAGUUGAAGUCCGGUUUGCUGUACAAGGUGCUCAAGGUGGGCGAGGGGAAGCACCACCCGCUCCCCGACUCGCCGUGCGAGUGCCACUACAAGGGUACCCUUAUCGACGGCACGCAGUUCGACUCCUCGUACGACAGGGGUCAGCCCACUACCUUCGCACCCAAGCAGGUGAUCAAGGGUUGGACAGAGGCGAUGCAGCUGAUGGUUGAGGGUGACAAGUGGGAGAUGUACAUUCCCUCGGACCUCGCGUACGGCGACCGGGGCGCCGGAGCCAAGAUCCCUGGGGGCGCCGCGCUCAUCUUCCAGAUGGAGCUCAUGAAGAUCAAGGGCGGCAAGAAGGAGAGGCAGGAGGCGUGA